AUGCCUGGAUCAUUCAACAUAAACAACUCACGAUUACCCAAUGUACUAUCUCGGAAUAAAUCAGUGACAACAGAAGUAGUGAAUCAAAAUCUACAACAAGAACUACAACAAAAAUUCUAUUCAAGUAAUAUAAUUCACAAGAAAACUAAAUAUCAACAUGAACUUCUAAUAAACUUAUCAUCAAUAUGUUAUUUUUUAAUAUUUUAUCAAUUCUCGAAAUACUGUCAUUUAGCUUGUUUAAUUCCAUUUAUUUUACAUCUUAUACCAUUAAUUGGAUUAAAUCCACAAUUAAUAACUUCAAAUACUCAAUCAUUUUUAGAUACAAUUUUUGAAAAUGAAAAUAAUCAUGAAGAUAGGAUUCAGUUGUUGAGGCAGAAAUUACCUAAAUUUUGUUAUAUGCUUUAUUUGAAGACUAUAUUUGUUAUAUUAUAUCAUAUUUUAUUUAUUUGCACUUGGGUUGUAUCAUUAGUCAAUGAAGAAAAAUUAACAAGUUUACAAUAUGGAACAUGGUGGUUUGUUUCUUUCUUUGGUGAAGAAACUCCGGUCCUAGACAAAUCCGACCCUUUCUGGUAUAAAGUUUUACAAUUAGGUUUACUACAGAUAGUGUUGGUAGAUUUAAUUAUCUUAUUCAUUCAAUUAAUUUUAUUUCAAAGUAUAUUUUAUCAAAGUGCAUUAUUUAGUGGGAGAAGGAUAGAAGAACAAGAAGCUUACCUUAUAAGAUAUGCAACUAACUCACAGACUAGUGGUCAAGUGGAUGAUAGCUUGAUAGAGAAUGACGAUGGAAUUUUGUGUGCUUUAGUUGUACGGCUUUAUAAUGUAUUUAAUUCAAAAAUAGAGUUUGAUAGUAGUUAA